AUGAAGCUAUUUGCAUUUGUGCUUGGAUUACGAACCAAGCACUACGGAAACAAGCACAAGAUCAGUGAUCCACACGUCUACGUCUGCAACCACACGUCAUUUCUUGACUUCAUUGUCCUGAGCAGCUACAAGUUCCAUCACGCCGUCCUGAGCGAAUACCACGGCGGUGUCUUUGGAUUCCUCUUCAACUUCAUAAUCAGCAAAAAUGGAUCAGUCUGUUUCAAGAGGGCUGAAAAGAAGGACAAGAUUGGGCUGAAGGAGAAGAUUGUGAAGCACAUCAGAAAGAACAAGGCGCCGAUGCUGAUAUUCCCAGAGGGAACGUGUGUGAACAACAAGGCGAGCGUACUGUUUCAAAAGGGAGCAUUUGAGUUGGAUACGAUCGUGGUUCCAGUGGCCCUGAAGUACAAAAAGGUGCUUGCUGAUCCAUAUUGGAACAGGAGGAAACACGGAUUUCUUGCUCACCUGCUUUAUUUGAUAACGAGGUGGCGAAUUGACGUAGAAGUCCACUGGAUGGCACCAGUGAAGCUGAACCACUGUGAAAACCCGACUUCUUUUUCUCACCGAAUAAAAAGGACGAUUUCUGAGAGAGGGCAGCUCAAGAACACGAAUUGGAGCGGCUACUUCAAGAGCCAGCUGAUCCACACCGACCUGGACAUCAUGAAGGUUGCCGUGAAGAACGUGUUUGUUGCAUUACACCAGAACACAUUCUUCGACUAUCGUCUUCUUGAUGCCAAAAACAGGCACGAAUAUCUCCGAAUUUACACGACAAACAAAAUUGAUAGCACCACCAAGGUGCAUUUUGGCUCAGUAUCGUACGAGCAGUUCUACAGCGAAUGCUGCAACGAGUUUCUGAGAAUAAAGAGCCUUCCGAAGCAGAAGAGGGAGCUUGUGCUUGAGAAGAUCCUGAUCAAGUGCGAUGGACUGCGUGAGAACAGAAAUGCGUCAAUCUGCACAUGCAUCAACGAAUGCACCAUUUUGGAAUAA